GAUUCGGACCGCCCAAGUUAACCUAAACAACCAAAAACAACCAACUGACCAUCGACUCCGAAAUCCAGCGGCUGCCAGCACAGAAACACAAUACUUGUUUGUGCGCAUAGGGAGCGCUUGCCAUUUGAGCAACUUAUUUGCUUUGAACUCGGUGUCGCACUGUCGGUCCCGGUAUCCCGAAACUAGCUCGACGACCGAGCAAGUGCUCACCCGGGCCGCCUCUCCGGAUCACGAGCAAAAACUUCCAGCCUCUGAAAUCGAAGGCGCCUUAGAAGGGACUUCGACGCUGGGCUUGUUGCCAUUGUCCGAUCAGCGACCAUGGGCGUGUGCAGCUCCUCAUGCUGCGGAGACAAAUCCCGCGACGGCUUGUACGAGAAUGUUCUCGCCGAGAAUGAGCGAGAGGCUGUCGCAGACCUGCUGCAGUACCUCGAGAAUCGAGCAGAAACCGACUUCUUCUCGGGUGAACCCCUUCGAGCCCUGAGCACCCUUGUCUACUCGGAUAACAUUGACCUUCAACGAAGUGCGAGUCUGACCUUUGCCGAGAUUACUGAAAGAGAUGUGCGAGCGGUUGAUCGCGACACCCUCGGCCCCAUCCUCUUCCUCCUCGAGAAUUCAGACAUUGAGGUGCAGAGAGCCGCUAGUGCCGCGCUGGGCAACCUCGCCGUCAACACGGAGAACAAAGUCCUAAUCGUUCAGCUUGGCGGACUGCAACCCCUGAUUCGGCAGAUGAUGUCACCAAACGUGGAGGUUCAGUGCAACGCUGUCGGGUGCAUCACCAAUCUGGCAACACAUGAAGACAACAAGGCAAAGAUCGCAAGGUCCGGAGCUCUGGGGCCUUUGACACGGCUAGCCAAGUCAAAGGAUAUGAGGGUACAGAGGAAUGCCACUGGCGCUCUUUUGAAUAUGACACAUUCCGAUGAGAACCGGCAGCAGUUGGUAAAUGCAGGAGCCAUCCCUGUGCUAGUCCAGCUUUUGUCGUCCCCAGAUGUGGACGUGCAGUACUAUUGCACGACCGCGUUGAGCAACAUAGCCGUGGACGCUGCCAACAGACGCAAGCUAGCUGAGACCGAGCCACGGCUUGUCCAGUACCUGGUUAACCUGACAGAGUCGUCCUCACCAAAGGUUCAGUGCCAGGCUGCCUUAGCACUUCGGAACCUCGCCUCCGACGAGAAGUAUCAGCUAGAAAUUGUCCAGGCUCACGGACUCGGGCCCCUUCUUCGCCUGCUUCGGUCGUCAUACCUCCCGCUCAUUCUAUCUGCCGUGGCGUGCAUCCGGAACAUCUCAAUCCACCCCCAGAACGAAUCACCCAUCAUCGAAGCCGGGUUUUUGAAGCCCUUGGUCGACCUCCUCGGGUCGACAGACAAUGAAGAAAUCCAAUGCCACGCCAUCUCGACACUCCGUAAUCUAGCAGCGAGUUCAGAUCGGAAUAAGUCCCUCGUACUUGAGGCAGGAGCGGUUCAGAAAUGCAAGCAGCUUGUUCUCGAGGUCCCUGUCCAGGUUCAAUCGGAGAUGACGGCCGCGAUUGCCGUUCUUGCCCUGAGCGACGAGCUCAAGACACACCUCCUCGAACUUGGGGUAUUUGAGGUGUUGAUACCCCUUACCAAGUCUCACAGCGUCGAGGUUCAAGGGAACAGCGCCGCUGCGUUAGGAAACCUCUCAUCCAAAGUCGGAGACUACAGCAUAUUUGUUCAGAACUGGACCGAGCCAAGCGAUGGCAUCCACGGCUAUCUUAGCCGUUUCCUUGCUAGCGGAGAUGCCACAUUCCAGCACAUUGCGAUUUGGACCUUGCUCCAGCUGCUCGAGUCAGAGGACAAAAAGCUCAUUGGCCUUAUUGGCAAGUCGGACGACAUUGUGGAAAUGAUCAGGCAGAUCGCCAAUCGCCAAAUGGAGUCAGAGAAUGACGUCGAGGACGAUGACGAGGGAGAGGUUGUCAGCCUCGCCCAGCGCUGCUUAGAGCUGCUGGGACAGGGUGCGGCUAAGACCCACAUCGAGGGCUGAUGAUAGCGUCUCGCUGAUUGGACGCGUGCGGCAAUCCCUGCUGCGCCUUAUACUCUCUUUUUAUUUUCCAUGUAGCAUGCUUGCUUCUUGAUUCAGCAUGAGUCAGGCGUGGAGUUGGAGGCGUCAGUAUUUAAUUUACUAUACGGUUAGGAAGGGAUUGGAAGCUGGAUUCCCCGGGAAACGUGUAUGUCGUAAGUGAGCAUCUGGAGGAUUGGGGUCGGGCAGAGGAUGGGGUUAUGGGCUUCGAAGUUUCCACACCAACAUCGGUCGCGUGCUUGAGAGCAAGGUUUCCUUUGUAUUAUGGCGCCGAUCAGUCAACGGAUUCCCACGGCUAACCCAAACUAUUACCAUACCAUCAACACCGGAGGAGUUUUGCAAUACCCUUUACCAAAUUAUUAACAGCGCUAGGACCUGCAUUGAUA